AUGGAGGUUCUCAAGACCCACUUAGCGGCCAACAGACAAGACUCUCUUCGUAAUGCAGUGCAGAAAACAUGGGCCCGUGGAAAGGUCACUGCCUUCUACCAAGGUCUGAUUCCCUGGGCUUGGUUAGAAGCAACCACCAAAGGCGCAAUUCUAGUCCUUACUUCCGGUGAGAUUGAAUAUCACGCCAAAACCAAACUUGGAGCCUCUCCGACGGUUUGCGGUGUUCUCGGUGGUAUUGGAGGAGGUAUCGCCCAGUCUUACUUGACAAUGGGCAUGACGACAUGUAUGAAGACGGUUGAGGUCACCAGAACCAAAAUAAGUUCCGAAGGUGGUCAAGUCCCCGGCUCCAUGGAGACUUUUGUCAAUAUUUGCCGCGAAAAGGGCAUUCGUGGUGUCAACAAGGGUGUCAACGCCGUGGCCCUUCGGCAAGUGACCGGAUGGUCUUCUCGAAUUGGAAUCUCGAGGUUCGCGGAAGACAGUAUCCGAAAGAUCAGCGGCAAGCCCAGCGAUGAAAAGUCGAAGGUUGGAGAGAAGAUUUUGGCGUCGACGAUUGGUGGAGCUCUUUCAUGCUGGAAUCAACCCUUCGAGGUACUUCGCGUUGAGAUGCAAUCGAUGAAAGCCAACCCGGACCGUCCGGCCUCUGCAACGAUGGCGUCGAUCUUCAUGUACAUUGUUCGUACAUCUGGUGUUCGUGGUUUGUUCCGUGGUGUGGUGCCUCGUAUUGGUGUUGCAGCUUGGGCAACUAUCUGUAUGGUGGGAUUUGGUGACAUUUUUAGAGAGAAAAUCACCAGCUCCUAG